AUGGCUGAAUGGACUGAUCCACAAAUUCGUACUCUUAUUGACGAAUGUAGAACCAGAAACGAUGAGUUUCAUAACCUUAGAAGAAAUCGGAAAAUCUUCUGGAAUAGUAUUGCUGAUAAAAUCAAUCAAAAGAAUGGGACAUCAUUCAACGGCCACCAAUGUAAAGAAAAAUUCUCAAAUCUUGUCCAGGAUUAUAAUGCUAUGUGUGAUUUUAUGUCUGGUCGUAAAUCUAGUAGAAGUCGGCUGGAGCAGUUAGUUGGCCAGAGAAGAACUUCCACGCAUGAAGAACUGUCCUUAUCACUUUAUCUACCACCAUUUUAUGAUAUUGCCACUGCUCAAGAAUCAUCAAAUGUGAGGGGUAAUAUACAAUAACUACAUUAGCCA